AAAUUUUUACCAUCUCACUCAUCUACAAGAUAUCUAAAAAUGAGCGAAGCUUACAAUUUCCUGUUCUCCAGAUGCCACGUUGCACAUGAAAGAAUUCUCAAACUCCACCAGUUCAGAGAGAGAGCCAAACCAAACUUAAAAGCCGAAGACGAAGAAUCAUUCGUCGUUAAUCCUCUGCAAUGAAGACCCGACGUUAGAUUAAUGGAGCAAAGAAGAAGGAUGUCAACUAAAUCUGAAGAGAACCAUGACAUUCCUAUAGACUUCUCCUUCCAAGAGGACCUCCCUGGAAACGAAUCAGAUUUGUAUCAGGAAAAGUUUUAUGACGCUAAUAUAGCAAAUGCCAUAUGGAAAGACGAUCUUGAUGAUGGAUUCUUGACAGAUAACCUCCACGACCAAAAAUUCGAACUACAUGAAUGCCACGAAGAUCGCGGAGUCACAAAUACAUGAAUUGUCCUAGAGGACCAAAAUAAUUUUGAAAACGUGAAAGAUAUCCAAGAUGAGAAUUUCCUGGAUGAUAAAAAUUAUAACUACAAGAAUCUAGAAUUGGAAUUAGCCAGCUUCCAUCAAUCCUUCGACACGUUUGCAAUGCCAGAGAUUAAAGACAACCUUGUUGCUGUCAAGGAUCUUACUGUAUUUGGAAAAGUUGUAUCUACAAAGGAAGAUGAACCCGCUCCGCAAGCAAACGUCAACCCCAUUGUUAAAAGUUCGAAAGGGCGGGGCAUAAAAAGGAAGACUAAAACUAAUUCGUUUGCAUUAGGAAGAACUUGCUUCAGAGGCAUGAGUAAUUACUUUAAAAACAAGUUUGAGCCCUUUUUGAAACAAUGGGAAAAAGAUUUUUCGAACACUGAAAGGAAAUCAAUGGAUAAACUAAUCAAAGAUUUUAUUCAAAUCGAGUUUACAGAUUGCCAGCACUGAGUAGAUUCCGAUGAGUUCCUCAAUAGCAUGGUGACAAUUCUGCACUCUCAAAACUACAAGAAGCCAGACGACUACAUCAAGAGAAGAGACUUUAGAAAAAUCAGAAGUCUUUUAUACUGUUUUUCUUCCAGUGCCAAGAAGAACUUUAUCUCUGACAAGACCUACGCUAUCAUUUUUCAGAAUUUCUUUGUCAAGGCACGCGAUGAGUUCCUAGGAUCUAAGGCUAAGGCGAAAAAUCCUGCAUUCCGUGAUGAACUAAGUCAGGAAUUGGAGGAUAUUUAUUACUUAUCCCUGGAGACUCUAAAGGAAAGUCAAUAGUUAUUUUUCUUUCCUUUGCUCGUCAUAUUUUUAACGCUCUUUUAUUUGAUAAUACCAUUUGUA